AUGCGUCCCGCAGGCACCGGGAACUUCUUGCACUUCUUGCUGCUGGCGUGCUCCCUCUUUCUCGCGGUGCUGUCAGCUGUUCCUCAAAACUUCUCGCCAUCUCUGAGGAGCGGGCCAGGUGCCACGUGCAGGCUGUCCCGGGCUGAGUCCGAGCGCCGGUGCAGGGCGCCCGGGAAGCCCCCAGGGGGCGCUGUGUGCCACGGCCGGGGCCGGUGCGACUGCGGGGUCUGCAUCUGCCACGUGAGCGAGCCGGGCGUGUACUUCGGGCCCCUGUGUGAAUGCCACGAAUGGGUGUGCGAGACCUACGAUGGGAAGACCUGCGCAGGCCAUGGUAAAUGUGACUGUGGAAAGUGCAAAUGUGACAAAGGAUGGUCUGGGGAUGCUUGCCAGUAUCCAACUAAUUGUGAUCUGACAAAGAAAAAAAGUAACCAAAUGUGCAAGAAUUCUCAAGAUGUCAUCUGCUCUAAUGCAGGUACAUGUCACUGUGGCAGAUGUAAAUGUGAUAAUUCAGAUGGAAAUGGACUAGUUUAUGGCAAAUUUUGUGAGUGUGAUGAUAGAGAAUGCAUAGAUGAUGAAACAGAAGAAAUAUGUGGAGGCCAUGGAAAGUGUUACUGUGGAAACUGUUACUGCGAUGCUGGUUGGCAUGGAGAUAAAUGCGAAUUCCAGUGUGAUAUCACCCCCUGGGAGAGCAAGCGAAGAUGCACAUCACCAGAUGGCAAAAUCUGCAGUAACAGAGGGACUUGUGUGUGUGGUGAAUGUUCUUGCCACGAUGUUGACCCAACUGGAGACUGGGGAGAUAUUCACGGAGACACCUGUGAGUGUGAUGAACGGGAUUGUAGAGCUGUCUAUGACAGAUAUUCUGAUGACUUCUGUUCAGGUCACGGACAAUGUAACUGUGGACGAUGUGACUGCAAAGUAGGCUGGUAUGGGAAGAAGUGUGAGCACCCACGUUCUUGCCCACUGUCAACUGAGGAGAGCAUCAAGAAGUGCCAGGGGAGCUCUGAUCUGCCCUGCUCCGGAAGGGGUAAAUGUGAAUGUGGCAAAUGCACCUGCUACCCGCCGGGGGAUCGCAGGGUUUAUGGGAAGACGUGCGAGUGUGACGAUCGCCGCUGUGAAGACCUCGACGGCGUGGUCUGUGGAGGCCACGGCACAUGUUCCUGUGGCCGCUGCAUGUGUGAGAGAGGAUGGUUUGGGAGGCUCUGCCAACAUCCCAGGAAGUGCAACAUGACGGAGGAACUGAGCAAGAGUCUGUGUGAGUCAGCAGAUGGCAUACUGUGCUCCGGAAAGGGUUCUUGUCACUGUGGAAAGUGCAUUUGUUCUGCCGAAGAAUGGUACAUUUCAGGGGAAUUCUGUGACUGCGAUGACAGGGACUGCGACAAACACGAUGGUCUCAUUUGCACAGGUAAUGGAAUUUGUAGCUGUGGAAACUGUGAGUGCUGGGACGGAUGGAAUGGAAACGCAUGUGAAAUCUGGCUUGGCCCAGAAUACCCUUAA